AAUGAAUAAAGCAUACUAUAGACACUAGUUAUAUUUCUCGCAUCCUUAAGUGAAGAAGUAAACCCAAUUGAGUGUUUUAGAAAAAAAAUGGCAGCUAGUUCACCUGUCAAUACGUUAACCAUAAAUCGUGAGAAGAUUUUAGGAAAAGGAAAAUACGGCAUUGUUUAUGAAGGUGUUUGGGGUGAAACUAAAGUAGCCGUCAAACGAAUUCCUAUAGAUAAUGCCGCGAGCAGUAAAGGAGAAUUAAAUAUACAAAUAGCUUUUUAUCAUGAAAACGUCGUCAAGUUAUUCCACGUUGAGGAGGACGAAGACUUCAAGUGUUUUGCCCUUGAACUGUGCAAUGCCUCUUUGGAUCAACUAUUUCUUAAAGAAAAUGAUCCGAAAAAAUACCGUGGCCCAAUGCCGCAAAAAAUGGAAGUUCUUCUCCAAUUGGCUAAAGGACUCGAGUAUAUACACAAAAUGGAAUUAAUACAUCGCGACAUUAAGCCAGAGAACGUUCUCAUUUGGGUGAAUCCAAACACUAAGCAGGUUUUGAUGAAAUGGGCUGACUUCGGUUUCAGCAAAAGUGUGAACGAAAAUGGAACUUUCACCAUGAGUGGAGUGAAGGGAACAUUCAAUUGGUUAGCACCAGAAAUAUUGAAACUAAUGGACGAGACCAAUUCUGCUGAAACCGAAAUUCAGAAAAGAGGGACCGUCAAGAGCGAUGUAUUUGCAGAAGGCCUCGUCUUUGGCUUCUUCCUUUCGGAAGGGGUUCAUCCCUUUAUUGGCACUUCAAGUUAUCAAAUUCCAAUGAACGUACGAACGAAAAAACCGGCCUACCUUCCCAAAAGGAAAAAAAUUCGUAAUAUAAUCAUAAAGAUGUUAGAAAAAGCACCAGAGAACCGAAUUGCAUCGUCCAAUGUCGUUGCACUGCUCGAAGAAGAAAAGGAGGGAAGGGUAGAAGAGAUGUUCACUCUACUUAGAGGAAGGCCAAAGGAAACAGAAAUAAAAGAACUAAUACAAGAAGGCGUGGAUAUAAACGCGAAAGAUCAAAAUGGAUUGACACCACUACUUCAAUUGGUGACAUACAAAAAGAAUAGUGAUUAUAUUGUAGAAAAAGUUAGUCUCCUGAUCAAACACGGGCGAGUCAACGUCAAUUCAAUUGAUAGCAACGGGAUCGAUAUUAACUGCAAAGACAAAGACGGAGACAAUGCGCUCACUAUAUUGUGCCACUAUUUUCAAAACGACAAUUUAAUUGACAUCAUUCGACUUUUGAUUGAAAAUGGAAUCGAAGUUAAUUGCAAAAACAAAGACGGAUGGAAUGCUCUCACUUUAUUGUGCAACUAUUAUCAAAACGAAAAUUUGAUUGACAUCAUUCAACUUUUGAUUCAAAAUGGAAUCGAAGUCAAUUGCAAAAACAUAGGCGUAAACAAUGCUCUCACUUUCUUGUGUGGCACAUAUGAAAACGAAAAUUUAAUUGACAUCAUUCGACUUUUGAUUGAAAAUGGAAUCGAAGUCAAUUGCAAAAACAAAUACGGAAGGAAUGCUCUCACUUUCUUGUGCCGCUAUUAUCAAAAGGAAAAUUUAUUUGACAUCAUUCGACUUUUGAUUGAAAAUGGAGUCGAAGUCAAUUGCAAAGACAACGAUGGAGACAAUGCGCUCAUUUUAGUGUGCAAACAUUAUCAAAACGAAAAUUUAAUUGACAUCAUUCGACUUUUGAUUGAAAAUGGAAUCGAAGUUAAUUGCAAAAACAACGACGGAAAUAAUGCUCUCACUUUCUUGUGCCGCUAUUAUCAAAACGACAAUUUAAUUGACAUCAUUCGACUUUUGAUUCAAAAUGGAAUCGAGGUCAAUUGCAAAAACACAGGCGUAAACAAUGCUCUCACUUUCUUGUGUGGCACAUAUGAAAACGAAAAUUUAAUUGACAUCAUUCGACUUUUGAUUGAAAAUGGAAUCGAAGUCAAUUGCAAAAACAAAUACGGAAGGAAUGCUCUCACUUUAUUGUGCCGCUAUUAUCAAAAGGAAAAUUUAUUUGACAUCAUUCGACUUUUGAUUGAAAAUGGAGUCGAAGUCAAUUGCAAAGACAACGAUGGAGACAAUGCGCUCAUUUUAGUGUGCAAACAUUAUCAAAACGAAAAUUUAAUUGACAUCAUUCGACUUUUGAUUGAAAAUGGAGUCGAAGUCAAUUGCAAAAACUAUUGGAACUACGGAAGUAAUGCUCUCACUGUGUUGUACCAAAAUUGCCAAAAAGAAAAUUUAAAAGAAAUAAUGGGUCUUCUGAUGCAAAGUGGAUUAAAUAUAACUCCAGAAACGGUCACCUUCUUCAAGGCAAAAUAUCACAAAGAAAACCGCGAUGAAAUCUUGCAAUUAAUUGAUCAACAACAUCCAGAUGACCCAGUGAGCAAACGAAUGAAGUUAGAAUAAACAUCGCGAUAAACAUAGGAAUAAACAUACAUUGGAAAACAUUGAAAAGCAUAGGAAUAAACAUCGGGUUCUAGUAUCUUUUUUUCUGAUUGAUCAUAGAGAAUUGGACUCUUUGCCGCUCUUUACUCAUCUUUAUAUCGUUUGGUGAUAUUGUGUCUAUUUAAUGAAGAACAAUCGAUGAAACUUGUCACCCGUUUCGCGUGUUUUUAUUCCAAAUCAUAUUGUCGCUACUUUAUGUGUCGUUUAUAUGUUUUAAUUAAUAAAAAUGAAAGAAUCAAAAGCCUGGCGGCCGCGUGCUGCCGACGGUUUGACCUAUUAGUCUAUUACUUGAUUGACAGACACGGAAA